GAGCGCUGUGUAGCUGCUCUGGCCCGAGUGGAGCGCACGGACUUCCUGUCGCCCAUGUGCAUUGGCGAGGUGGCUCACGUCAGUGCUGAAAUCACCUAUACCUCCAAGCACUCUGUGGAAGUUCAGGUGAACGUGAUGUCCGAAAACAUCCUCACAGGUACCAAAAAGCUGACCAAUAAGGCCACCUUGUGGUAUGUGCCCCUGUCGCUGAAAAACGUGGACAAGGUCCUCGAGGUGCCUCCUGUUGUGUAUUCCCGGCAGGAGCAGGAGGAGGAGGGCCGGAAGCGGUAUGAAGCCCAGAAGCUGGAGCGCAUGGAGACCAAGUGGAGAAAUGGGGAUAUUGUCCAGCCUGUCCUUAACCCAGAGCCAAACACGGUGAGCUACAGCCAAUCCAGCCUGAUCCACCUGGUGGGGCCUUCAGACUGUACCCUGCACGGCUUUGUGCACGGAGGCGUCACCAUGAAGCUAAUGGAUGAGGUGGCCGGGAUCGUGGCUGCGCGCCACUGCAAAACCAACAUAGUCACAGCUUCCGUGGAUGCCAUUAAUUUUCACGACAAGAUCCGGAAAGGCUGCGUCAUCACCAUCUCCGGACGCAUGACCUUCACAAGCAAUAAAUCCAUGGAGAUCGAAGUCCUGGUGGAUGCUGACCCUGUGGUUGACAACUCGCAGAAGCGUUACCGGGCUGCCAGUGCCUUCUUCACCUAUGUGUCCCUGAGCCAGGAGGGCAAGCCAAUGCCUGUGCCGCAGCUUGUGCCCGAAACCGAGGAUGAGAAGAAACGCUUUGAGGAAGGCAAAGGGCGGUACCUGCAGAUGAAGGCGAAGCGACAGGGCCACAUGGAACCUCAGCCCUAGACACCCUCCUCCUGCCACUGGGGCCUGCGCAACUGUGGUGAUGGUCCCAUGUCCCCGUCACUUAGUUACCCCUUGGCCAAAACCCCUAUUCCCAUUGAGAGCGGUGUUGUGUAAAGUAUCUGUGUAGCAGUGUUAACCUACAUCCUGUCCCAAAAACUUGUGCACCAAAGCUUUAUUUAUAUCCUUCCAGUAAAAGUGCUACCCAGUAUUGUCCCAAACACCAGGGGGUGUUCUAUGGACACCCUAGGGAAACUUCCGAGCUCACUGUAAGGUAUGGAAAGAAUCCAGCACCACUAAUAAAGCUGCUGUUUGGCUGGA